AUGCUCACUCCGCAAUCGUCCCGCCGUCUACUCUCGCGCCUUUCCACUCCCUUCACUCCCAAAUCCCGACACGUUACCGAUUUCAACGUCCAGAUCGACGACCCACACAAGCAGUAUACCCCUGGGGAGCAGCUGACCGGCUGCGUCCACCUCAAGGUCGUCAAGCCCAUCCGCAUCACCCACCUCGUCGUGUGCCUGCACGGCUUCGUGCAGGUCUACAAGAAUCCGGGCAACCCGCCUACCGACGGCUACCGGACAAUCACUGCGCAUAUUGGCACGGGAAGAGGCAGCAAGUCGGGAGAAUACUUUGGCAAUGGCUUUGCUUCGCUGUUUGAGGACGAGGUGGUACUCUGUGGGGAUGGCAGGCUUGGAGAGGGUGUAUACCAAUUCAACUUCGACCUCGAGUUCCCUGACCGGGACUUGCCGAGUAGCAUAUCUGUGCGCCAGGCCCUGCCAUCGAUGCGCCUUCUCAAUGACCUUUACUGACCUCUGCGACAGUUUGAGCGCGGAACGAUUUCAUACUUGGUCACGGCCACUUUGACGAGACCCACGACCAUCUCGCCAACCAUCCAAUGCGAUCACAAGGUCUACUUUGUGGAGCGAAUCGACAUCUCACACCUCUACCCGCCCAAAGCCCGGACCAUCACCCUGGAGCCUCUUACGCGCCGAACCGCCAGAGCUCGAACCCAGGCCCGGCGUCUGGUUGAUUCUGAUCGCAGGAGUCGAAAGGGAGAUUCUAACCAGCGGAGCAGCGAGCGGCGCGAGAGUCAGACGUCCUCGAGUCCCAGCCAUGACGGCAUGCAGAGCCCCGUGCCCAGCGAGGUCAGUUUUGACAGCUUUCACAGCAGUCAAGAACAGGCAUCACAGCAGGAGUCCAAUUUGACUUCACCGCGACAGAGCGAUGGAAGUCGUUGGAGCAACGGCGGGCCGUCGACAUCUAUCCACGCCAAGACCAUCACGGCAACCAUCGAGUCUUCUGCGGGCGGAUGUCUGCGCGGGGACACUCUCCAGAUCAAGGUGCUGGUCAAUCACACAAAGCACGUAAAGAGCCUCCACGGCGCCAUCUUCACACUCUAUCGCCACGCCCGUGUCGAUCUGCACCCGGCAAUCCCAAUCGGUCCAGUGGAGAAAGGCAAGGAGGCCAAGUACGAGGACUACUACCCCAAGUCGAUGACCGGUCUGGGCGGCCUUUCGUUAUCUGGAGCGGGCUCGAGUCACGUCUUCCGCAAAGACAUCUCGCAGUCUGUAGUGCCUCUGAUUGUGGACCCGCAAACACUCUCGGCAGAACUCGUGGGCAAAGUUUCUGUUCCCGAAGAGGCGUUUCCCACCAUUUCGACCGUCCCCGGUGGGAUGAUCAGCUUCAGAUAUUACAUUGAAGUCGUUCUUGACAUACAGGGCAAGCUUUCCUCCCAAGACCGCAACUUGGGAAACCUUGGCGGCUUGGCCAGCACCAUGAACCAGGGUCAGAGAUCUACCGGGGCCGACCGGGACCGGAGCGCGUUUGGUGGAGUCGGUGCACCGGUGAUUGACACAGCUGCCGUCCGACGCGAUAAAGGCGUCGUUUCUUGUACAUUCGAGGUUGUCGUCGGUACCAAGGACAGCGCCCGGAAGAAGGGCAAGCGGAAAGUCGGUGUGGUCGUCGACUCGGACUCCGGGCCGAUUGCUCAGCAAGAACAGCAGCCACAGCAGGGCAGUGCAUCGGACGCUGAUAAUGGAGCUUCUCAUGGCGACCAGUGGUAUGGACAUGGCCCAGGCUACGACGCGCGGUACUUUGAUCAUGGCCAACACGAUCAAUAUGGCGAUGGGUGGAGGAACGGUUACUCUGGCGCGUACGACCAUUACGGAUACAUGGCGCAGCACGGCCACUACGAUCAGCCUCCGCCGAUUCCAAUGCCGCCUCCCGAGGACAGGUCCCAAUUGUCGGAAAAGGAACGCAUGCGGCUGGCCGAGGCCAGGCUGCUACCCAGUCAACCCCCAGGUGGAGAGGAAGAAUCUACUGAAGGCGCACACGCCCCAACAGCGCCUUAUCUGCCCGAAGAACAGCCUGACGGGUACCCAGAAGGAAGCGGUGGCACUGCGUCCAGGUCCAUACCGAUCGUGUUGACUCCACCUGCCCAGGCCGGGCCUUCGAAUGGCGACGGCACCGCACCGGUAUCGAUCGACUUUGCACGAAGCGUUCCCCUGCCCAGGACUCCGGAAUACGAGCGGGUGGAUUCGAGGAGUCUACCGCGUACUCCGGACUAUGAGUCUCUGGAGCCGAUAACGCUACAGACGAGCAACUCGGGCUUGCCGCCGACGGAGGACAAGAGAGAACUGGAACGGCGCAGUCUGCAGGUGGAAGCUUCUGCGCCUCCAGCUGCGGAUGAGAGGCAGGCGAGCGCGGCGCAUGUACCGAGUGCUCCUGAGGAGGAAGACUUGUACGCGAAUGUCAACGAUAGCCAUGCGGACGCCGGGCCUUCGAACUGCGAGCUGCCGCGAUACGAGCCGAGGCGGUAG